CAACGGAACAGCAACGGCCCGGGCCCGUGCCCCCCUUCUCAGCCCUACGGCCGACACCGUAGCACGGUGUGUAUUUGCUACGAUAUAGACGGCCUUGAUCAAUUCUCCCUUGGGACCCGGCCCACGCGACGCCCCUGUAAGCCACGAUCCUUCAUCGCGGCGAACAUGCCAGCCGAGUCUUGAUAUCAGGAUUACGAAAUCAGUCUCAUCACGACGCACGUCUAUGACUUCAUGACGGGCGAACUCCUGAAUAUCGGAUAUAUCUCACCGCUUUGUUUCCCGCUGGAGUCCGGCAAAGAUAUAAAGAAGUCGGGUUUCGUCUUCAACGGACUUUUUCUUCUCUCAGUCCUCAUCAGAAUCAUCACACUAUCCACAUCAACAUCAACAUCAACAUAACAUCGAUAUUGCAACUAAACCAAACAAUCCACCGAAAACGGCUAGCUAUCAUCGCAGCAGUCCUCGACCCAACAACUCUCUGUCAGCACUUAUUAUUCGACAUAGUUAGCCACCAUGCCGCAGUACAAGACCGGCCAGACCGUCCGCUACAAGCCCAUCGGCGGCCCUGAUUCUGACACCCCGGAGAGCACGGGCAAGAUCACCGACGUGAUCACGGAGCCAGGCGUCCAGGCCGAUCGUAACGUCCAGGCUAGCUCUGACGACCCGCGCUACGAGAUUCAGAACGACAACACGGGCAAAUUCACAUCCGUGUACGAGAAGAACAUUCUAGGUCCUGCUUAAGCGAAAGGGUCUUGUUGAGAUGAUAUUCUCUAGUUAUUUGAUGUGUUACAUAGGAUAUUAGAUACGGGUUCCUGUUUGUGCUUGUUAGUGUUCGCAUGGCGUUCGAUCGUCUUGAGUAUCGUUACUACUAGCGAUUAGACGGCUAUAGAGUGACCAAUACUUAC